AUGGUAGCAAAAAUAAUGGAAUACAGCAAGGAAUGGGAAGGACAAAAAAAGGAUAAUUAUGAAACUGAUUUGAUCGAACAAGUCUACCAAGACUUCCUCGUUGAGUUUAUAUUACACGUGAACAUGGAGGAGGAAAAAGGCUUUUCAACCUUCGAGGAAACGGAUGCCUUUCUCAAGAACUGUCACGAUAAAGGUAUCACCUCAAAGAGCCAGCAGGAGACUCUAAACGUGAAGAAAGCAUACGAACACUUGCUGGAUAAAAUUAAAAGAGAAGAAGAACCGAGGAAUUAUGGACUCAUGGAAGAGAGUCUGCUACAAGAGACCCAUCGCAUACUACUUCAAGACGUCCCUCUCGGAGAUAGCCGCACGAAACCUGGUAUAUUUAGUAACCAAAGACGGUUUGUCGAUUUCGAAGGAGAGAGGUACAAUUAUCCAUAUCUUCCAGAACCUGAGAAAAUGGAAAAGGCUGUUGUCGCCAAACUCUUGAAAAGUGCAAUAUUCUGUUCGAUUGCUGUACCAAAGACGGUCUGA